CCUGGUGUGGCGGGGAGGCGAUGGCGCGGCUCCGGCCGGGCUGUGCGGCUCUGCUGUUGCUGGCGCUGCUGCUGUGCUGGCCGCGGCCGUGCCCGGGCGGGCGGGCGCCGCACGUGGUGCUGGUGCUGGCAGACGACCUGGGCUGGCACGACGUGGGCUGGCACGGCUCCCGCCUGCGCACGCCGCACCUGGACACGCUGGGCGCGGGGGGCGUCCGCCUGCAGCGCUACUACACGCAGCCCCUGUGCACCCCGUCCCGCAGCCAGCUGCUCUCCGGCCGCUACCAGAUUCAUACAGGUUUACAACAUCAAAUAAUUUGGCCUUGUCAACCCAACUGCCACCCACUGGAUGAUAAACUCCUGCCAGAACUGCUAAAGGAAGCAGGAUAUGUUACCCAUAUGGUAGGGAAGUGGCAUCUAGGCAUGUAUAAAAAAGAGUGCCUUCCAACCCGCAGAGGAUUUGAUACAUACUUUGGCUAUCUUCUUGGAAGUGAAGAUUAUUAUUCUCAUGAGCAUUGUGUAUUCAUCAGUGCAAAGAAUGUAACACGCUGUGCCCUUGAUUUUCGAGAUGGAGAAGAAGUUGCAGCUGAAUUUAAAAACAAGUACUCUGCUCAUGUAUUUACAGAAAGAGCUAUUGAUCUUAUUGCCAGCCAUAAGACUGAAAAGCCUCUCUUUCUCUACCUUGCUCUUCAGACUGUUCAUGAACCUCUUCAGGUUCCUGAGGAAUACAUGAAACAAUAUGACUUCAUUAAAGAUGAGAAAAGGCGCCACUAUGCAGGAAUGGUAUCUGUUAUGGAUGAAGCUGUAGGUAACCUCACUGCAGCCCUAAAGAGUUAUGGCCUUUGGGAUAACACUGUUCUCAUUUUCUCUACUGAUAAUGGAGGACAGACACUGGCAGGUGGAAAUAAUUGGCCACUAAGAGGAAGAAAAUGGACACUUUGGGAAGGAGGAGUAAGAGGUGUAGCUUUUGUUGCAAGCCCUUUACUGAAACUGAAGGGCGUAGAAAGUCAUGAACUUAUACACAUUUCUGACUGGCUGCCAACACUUGUAAACCUUGCUGGAGGACAUAUAAAUGGCACCAAACCCCUGGAUGGCUUCGAUGUUUGGAAAACUAUCAGUGAAGGAAACCCUUCCCCCAGGCUGGAGCUGCUUCAUAAUAUAGAUCCAAUGUUUGUGGACAAUUCCCCAUGUCUUGGUAUUGACAACAGGACAUCUUUACCCCAGGAUAAUGUUUUUUCAUGGGACAAUUCACUCUUCAAUUUAUCUAUACAUGCUGCAAUUCGACAUGGAAGAUGGAAGCUACUAACUGGAUAUCCAGGCUGCAGUCACUGGUUCCCACCACCAUCUUUGGUCAGUGAGUCAAUGAUCCCUUCACCUGACCCACCAACAAAGAAUCUUUGGCUUUUUGAUAUUGUUCAGGAUGCUGAGGAGAGAAAUGAUUUGUCUGAAAAAUAUCCCGGUAUUGUGAAAAAAAUGCUCUCUCGGCUUCAAUACUAUUAUAAACAGUCUGUGCCUGUGUUCUACCCUGAUGAAGAUCCCCGGUGUGACCCAGAAGCAACUGGAGCCUGGGGGCCUUGGAUGUAGAAUACCUCACUGCAGUCUGGAAGUUAUGCCUGUGGUGAAGUCGUGUGGUAGACUCAGGGUCUUAGUCUGAUCAUUUUUAACCUUGUUUGUUUUACUCCUGUAACUGAUUUUAUCCCUUAAAUAUUCAAUUCUGCUUGGUCUUAAGAAGUAUUGGAGAUCUAAUUUUACUCCAUUUGGCGCGUUGUUAAAAUCAUAAAUCUGUUGUUUGGCUAUUGUUUGUCGGUGACAUCUCUCUAAAUUGGUACCUUCUUCACUACCGCUUCAGCUAGAAAGUUCUAAUGAGUCAUAGAGGCAGGACCAUCCAGACUUCAAAUAUGAAAGGAGGAAUUAAUUAUUGAUUUUAUGCCUGCCACAAGACAAAUCUUACUAGUGGAAGACACUCUAUAGUAAAGAAACAGAUAAAGAAAACAGGUGUGACUUUGUUUUUUCACCUUUUCCAUGUAAAUCUGACCCUCAGUAGGAAUGCUUAGAAAUCUGUAGGAGGACAGACCUCUUCUCACAAUACUGCAAAAUACCUAACUAUCCCCAUCGUCAUUGUUACCAUAUAGCGGAGCAUUCCUCUGAUUAAUUGCUGAUCUCACUUCUUUGGGGAUAUUCCAUUAUUAUUAACAGCAACCAUUGUCUUUAUCUAAAAGCAGACUCUGAGUUUAUGAUGAAAUCAAGACAAGCACUCCCUGUGGGCCACUUAGCAAAUUGCUAGAGUGGCCAAGUACCUAAGGGCCCCUAUACAUGUGCAUUGAGGCUGCUCUGACAUGCUGUAAUUACAGCACGUUGGAGCAGACUCAAUUAAUAGAAACGUGGUAAUUACUGUGCUCCAACAGACUCCAGAGUCAUGUGUAUCAGCAUCCCUGCACUGAACAAUGAUGGCAGGGGUGCUUUAACUAAAGCUCAUUUGACGAGCUUUAGUUAAAGCACCUCCCCACCAUUUUUCAGUGCGGGGAUGCUGAUGCAUGUGAUGCUCCAGGUGCUUUAAUUAUAGUCGCUCUCAGAGCCACUCUAGCUAAAGCACCCCACUCUCCUCCCAGCCUCCUGGAGCACGUGUAUAAACGGCCUAAGUAUGUUAAGCCUCUGGACUCUGAGGGUGCAUGUACACAUACUCUUGGUAGCCCCUCUAAUUAAAACACCCGCAGUGUCUCAUGUAUUCAGUGUCCCAUGUUUCAAAAUGGCAGCUGGAGCACUUUAACUAAAGCUCAUUUGACGAGCUUUAGUUAAAGCGCCCCCACCGCCAUUUUGAAACGUGGGGAUGCUGAAUACACAAGACACUGCAGCACACUGGAGCGUUCUGAUUAGAAUGCUCCAGCACUCUCAGUUAAUUGAGUCUGCUCUGACACGUUCUAAUCAGAACACGUCAGUGCACAUGUAAAGGCACCCUGACUUUUCAAUCUUUGGCUAUUUAGGCAUAUUUUUGGGGUGCCAAUCCUCUGUCUGGCACCCUAUCCUGGGGAUUGAAAUCCACAGUCCAGCUGCUCAUCUUCAGCAUUCAAUAUUGAGUUCUCAUACUCCCAUGAUAGCUUAAACACUCCUUUUCCCAAAAUCUCACCAAAGAUUUAAGCCUUCUGGUUUAUAGCUUGGCUCUCCAGGAAGCAUGUGGUAAUUGUUAUGAAGCAGACCCCUGGACCCUUGACAAACAGGUUUUGCUCAGAAUUUGUAAACUGUUGCUUUACUUAAAAGAAAACAGAAGAGGAUACAGAACAUAAGGAAACAACACAUUUCAUAAAUGCAGUCCCCCUCUCUAACUCACUCUUCUCUCAGGGUUAUUUUGGGGUGGUCCAGAAGUUCUCUGCUAUAAUGUAUGGUUUGUUUCUCCAUUCUGGAAUCUUACAAUUCAACUUCUCUUUCCUUACAUAGCUUUGUCUGGUAGUGAAAGUAAGCCUCGCUGCUAUAGAAGCAUGCUUGAACACUCCUUCUGCCGUACUCUUCUGUGUCUUAUGAAUCCUUCCCCCUGAGUCCUAAUUAAACCCACCCUCUGUCUCUGUCUUGUUGCUGGUUUUUUUCUAUUUUUUUUCCAUUUUUCCCCUUCCCUUCAGGCUAGGGGAGGAAGUGUCUUUCCCCAGAUUGUGCACCCCAUUAUCCCAAGAUGAUUCACUUUCAUUAAGUGACUGGGUUCUAACAGCAAUUCAUGCGUACUUGCUGACAGCAAGGCUUGUUGGCAAAAGGAACACUCUGACUGAGGUAUUCAUGUUGUAUUGUCCAGCCAUUUUCAGAAUGGCAACUGCAUAAUAAUUUAAUAAUUCCAGCCAGAGUUCAGAAGGUGGAACGACUAUUCCUUAAAACAUGACCCUUCAUUUUACAUUACCCUUUUAAACUCUUUUCUUCCUUGUACUUCAUGGCACAACACUGCAGUCUUGAGCUUCUGGUGCAAGAAGAUGAACUAUCCUGCUCUGUACUUUAUCAACCAUAGCAUGAGGCAGAAGAUGGACUCUCUUAGUUACUGUGUCAGCUUUGACAAAAGUUCCUGAUUUCUGUUAAUAUCUCUGGAAAAUCUUAUAUAUCAUAUCCCUUUUUUUAAACAGUAUUACCAAUUACCUCAUUCAAACCAAUGUAAUGAUUUAUACUUGUCAACAACUUUUAACAUUUCAAUGAAAAUGAAAGCUUGAAUGUUCUUGUUCUGAUUUUGUGUCAAUAUAAAUAGAAUUUCUUUAGAAAUUUGUGACAAUAGGACAAGAGAUGAGUGUGGCUCCUAUAUUAUAUUUUUAAAUGUAUUUCUAUCUAUUGUUAUGCAUUAAUUUAUAUGAACAGAGGGUAGGAAUAAAAUACUUGUUAUGAAAAGAAGA